AUGGCGGCGCCUGAUAGCAUACGGAGUCUCCCAUGGCUCAUCUGGGCUGUAGCGAUCUUCGGGUCCCUCUCCUCCGCAGGGUUCGGGUUCGACCAAGCCUGGUGGGCGAGCAUCAUGAGCUCCCAGCAAUUCGCCCGUCGGUUCGGACACUACAGCCACCCUCAAGAGAUCUGGGUGCUGAGCGACCGGCAGCAAUCGCUGGGCACCGGAUUGGGCUAUGCCGGGGUCAUCCUGGGGCUUCUGUGCGCCACCCCGUUGAACGAACGGCUCGGCCGCAAGAAUAGCCUGUGGAUCCAGUCGGCCGUGGUGAGCGUGGGCGUGAUCAUCGAAUCCACCUGCCAGACGAGCUAUGCCCAGUUCCUCGUGGGCAAAGCCGUCGUCUACUUCGGCGGCGGCAUCGCCUCCAACGUGAUCCCGGUCUACCAGGGCGAGUGCGCGCCCCAGGCCCUCCGUGGGGUGAUGGCAGGCACGUACAACGUCUUCCUGAUGGUCGGCGGACUGGUGGCGGCCCUCAUCGUCUACCUCUGUCGCCACAUCCCCAGUGACUGGGCCUGGCGCGGAGUCGUGGUGGCGCAGAUCGCCAUCCCGCUGCUGAACUGGAUCAGUCUGCCCCUUCUUCCCGAGUCACCGUACUGGCUGAUGCACCGCGGACGCCUCGACGAAGCCGGGGCCAGUCUGGCUCGACUGCGCGGCAUUCCCCUCGCGGACGCCCAGGUCGAGGUCGCUCGCCUUCAACAGCAACAACAACAACAGCAAUCGCAAAAGCCACAGCAUAAUCAAGCGCAGCAUCCCGACGAGUCCUCCUCCUGGGCUGUCUGCUUCACCAACCCCAUCUACCGCCGCCGCACCGCCAUCUGUGUCGGGGCGCAAGUCUUUCAACAGGCGCAAGGCAUCUCCUUCGUCGCCAACUACCAGGCCGUCUUCCUGCAACAGAUCGGCUUCCGCCAGGUCCUCCUGAUGUCCGUGGUGGUGUAUGUCAUCGGGAUCGCCGGCAACCUCACCGGCGUGGCCGUCACCGACCGUCUGGGCCGGCGGCUCGUGCUGCUGGUCUCCGCCGCCCUGCUGGCCGCAUGUAUGCUCACCAUCGGCGGGCUGACGUGCACGCCGACCGACAACUACGGGAGACAGGUCGGCGCGGUGGUCAUGCUCAUGCUGUGGUUCUUCACCUUUCAGAGCACCUGGGGCCCGUUGGCGUGGGUGAUCACGGCCGAAGUGCCCCCGGCCGCCGCGGUGCGGGAGAAGAUGGUCACCCUGGCGGGGUUUGCGGCGUACGGCACGGGGCUGGUGAUUGUGUUUGUGAAUCCGUAUACGCAGGCGGCGAUCGGCGGCAGCGUGGCGUUUAUCUAUGGAGGAUUGUCGGUGGUGGCGACGGUGUUCGUGUGGUUGGUGGUGCCGGAGCUCAAGCAGCGGUCGCUGGCGGAGAUCGAUGAGAUGUUCGCCGAGCGGGUGUCGGCCAGAGCCUUUGGGAGGUAUCAGUGUCAGAGCAUGUUGUCCAGGAGGGACGUGGAAGGGAAGGCAGGAUCUUGGCAGGAAGAAUGCGUUGAGGAGCUGUGAUGGGGAUUGUACGUAAAGCUUAGGUUUAUG